AAACUGGAGCCCUCGACCCCGCACCCGCCCAGGCAUAUAAACCCCAUCCCUUCGACACUGCGGCACGACGUGAGUUCAACCACCAGCUCUCAACUUUGAUGGUAUCAGACCACUGUCCACCAGCAUAACAACUUAAAAUCUCGCACUAAUCAGGCACUCAGGAUGUCCGCUCCCAUUAUCCCCAAGGGGCUCGCAGAGUCGGUGGAGAACUCCAAGUGCGAGUAUCGUACCCUCGGCAAGAGUGGGCUUAGCAUCUCGGUGCCAAUCUUUGGUUGUAUGAGCUUUGGAGACCCAAAGACGCUCUCGUGGGCAAUUGGAGAAGAUGAGGCUCUCCCUCUGCUCAAAGCCGCGUACGACAGGGGCCUCAACACCUGGGACACGGCAAACAUGUACUCAAACGGGACGUCCGAGACCAUCGUGGGCAAGGCGCUCAAAAAGUACAACAUCCCGCGCCACAAGGUCGUCAUCAUGACAAAGUGCUUCUUCGCCGUCGGCGAGGACCCGGAGCUGCGGGCGUACCUGGUCAGGGACCCGAUCGCGAGGUCCAAGGACUACCAGAACCAACACGGCCUCUCCCGCGCCGCCAUCUUCAACCAGGUCGAGGCCUCGCUCCGCCGGCUCGACACCGACUACAUCGACCUGCUGCAGAUCCACCGCUUCGACCCCAAGACGCCCAUCGAGGAGACCAUGAAGGCCCUGCACGACCUGGUCCAGAUGGGCAAGGUCCGGUACAUUGGCGCCAGCUCCAUGUGGGCGACCCAGCUCGCCACCAUGCAGUUCUGCGCCGAGAGGAACGGCUGGACCAAGUUCGUCAGCAUGCAGAACCAGUACAACCUUUUGUACCGCGAAGAGGAACGCGAGAUGAACCGCUUCUGCAACGAGACGGGCGUCGGCCUGAUCCCCUGGGCGCCCCUCUGCCGCGGCAACCUGGCCCGGCCGCCGACCGACUACGGCUCGACGGCGCGGAGCAAGGAGGAACGGUCCAUGGCGCCGGGGGCCCAUGGCACCGUCGAGCCUGACCUCAGCAUCAUCAAGCGGGUCAUGGAGCUCGCCGAAAAGCACAGCUGGCCCAUGAGCCACGUCGCCCUGGCCUGGAUCAACUCCAAGGUGUCGAGCCCCAUCAUCGGCUUCAGCAGCCUCGAGCGCAUCGAGCAGGCCAUCAGCGCGCGCGGCAAGGUCCUGACCGAGGAGGAAACCAAAUACCUGGAGGAGCUGUACAGGGCCAAGGAGAUCUCGGGCCACUCUUGAGCGGCUAAUGCCCCUGGUCUCCUAGUCCAGCCUUCUACUAGUAGCUCCCUGGCAGGAGAUUUCCGAGUAAGGAGCUUUGUAUUGGCUAUGGAUCUACGGAAAGCAAGGCAAAUAAUUAAGAGCUCCUCUGCUGCGAGGGGACGUAUCAAGACUCCCAGGGUACUCAGUUGCGAGAUCGUCAAUAUUCCAGCCCGAAUGACCCGUUUGAUCCGAUGCCCCAUUCAACUCAGACCCUAGCCCAAGGCGAUACAGACCACUGUGUUGAUCAGAGCCUUAGGAGAAUCUCAUAAAGGAAACCGAGAAAAAAAAUAAAAGAAAUCAUAAGCAUGCGUGGAUUGGGUUGGGCGUAGAGAAUGUGGAGUCCAUGAUACGAAACAGCUCGAAAAGCUACUUGCCCAGAUCAUGGGGGCCGCUGGAGCAAAAUGUAAAUCAGAAAUACCAGGUAGAAUGUUGUGAUGAGGGAAACGGUAAAAGAUUAGAUGCAAAAACAAAUGGCAAAUAAUCCCAGAAGAUGAGGUGAGCAAUAAAAUCAAACUGCAGUGGGAACG